CAUAGGAGGAGGAAAGGGAAGUGACGCCCCUGCCCCGUCCCGGCGGCGGUGACGGGCACGGCCGGGGCCAACGGGGCUCCGUGAGGGACAGGGGCCGGGCCCGGGAGCUCCGUGAGAGACUGGGGGAGCGGGGGUUCAUUGAGGGGCCGGGGCUCCGUGAGAGACCGGGCUGCAGCAUGGCAGAAGCCUCCGUCUCUCCACUGAAGCAUUUUGUGCUGGCCAAAAAGACUAUCACUGCUAUCUUCGACCAGCUGCUGGAGUAUGUCACUGAGGGAGCAGCGUUUGUGGAAGCCACAUAUAAGAACCCAGAACUUGAUCAUAUAGCAACAGAAGAUGAACUUGCAAAAAUACAAGCAUAUAAAAACAAGUUGGCAGUCAUUGGAGAGGUGCUCUCACGGAGACACAUGAAAGUGGCAUUUUUUGGCAGAACAAGCAGUGGGAAAAGUUCAGUCAUUAAUGCAAUGCUGUGGGACAAGGUGCUUCCCAGUGGGAUUGGCCAUACAACAAACUGCUUCCUCAGUGUGGAAGGGACUGAUGGAGAUAAGGCUUAUCUUAUGACAGAAGGAUCAGAUGAAAAGAAGAGUGUCAAGACAGUCAAUCAGCUGGCUCAUGCACUUCACAUGGAUAAAGAUUUGAAGGCUGGCUGUCUCGUCCAUGUCUUUUGGCCCAAGUCAAAGUGUGCCCUGCUGAGAGAUGAUUUGGUUAUAGUAGACAGCCCUGGCACAGAUGUCACUACAGAACUGGACAGCUGGAUUGACAAGUUCUGCUUAGAUGCUGAUGUGUUUGUCUUGGUUGCCAAUUCUGAAUCAACUCUCAUGAACACGGAGAAACAUUUUUUCCAUAAAGUGAACGAACGACUUUCCAAGCCAAACAUCUUCAUCCUCAAUAAUAGAUGGGAUGCCUCUGCAUCAGAACCAGAAUACAUGGAAGAUGUGCGUAGGCAGCACAUGGAGCGCUGUCUGACUUUCCUGGUCGAUGAGCUCAAAGUUAUUGAUCCUGUAGAAGCAAGGAAUCGCAUCUUUUUUGUUUCAGCAAAAGAAGUUCUGAGUGCCAGGAGACAAAAGGCCCAAGGAAUGCCAGAGGAUGGUGGAGCACUUGCUGAAGGAUUUCAAACAAGAUUCCAGGAAUUUCAACAUUUUGAGCAGAUAUUUGAGGAGUGUAUCUCGCAGUCAGCCGUGAAAACCAAGUUUGAACAGCACACUAUCAGAGCUAAACAGAUAAUAGAUACUGUGAAAAACAUUAUGGACAACAUAAACGUUGCAGCAGCAGAGAAAAGAGUCCAUUCCAUGGAAGAGCGAGAAGAUCAGAAGGACAGGCUGGACUUUGUUAGAAAUCAGCUGAACAUUUUGACAGAAGACAUCAAGGAAAAAAUCAAACGUGUUACUGAGGAAGUGGAAAACAAAGUCUCCGCUGCUAUGACUGAUGAGAUUUGCCGGCUUUCAGUCUUAGUUGAUGAAUUUUAUUCUGAUUUUCACCCUUCUCCUCAAGUAUUGAAGCUCUAUAAGACAGAACUGAACAAACAUAUAGAAGACGGUUUGGGAAAGAACCUGGCUGAACGCUGCUCCACUGAAGUCAACCAGUCAAUGCACCAGUCCCAGCAGGAGAUGAUUGAAAAUCUGAAACCAUUGUUGCCUUCUAGUGUUCAGGAUCAGCUCCACUUGCUAAUUCCAUGCAGGAAGUUUGAUCUUAGCUAUGAUCUAAACUGUCAUAGCCUGUGUGCAGAUUUUCAAGAGGAUAUCAUGUUCCACUUUUCUUUGGGAUGGACUUCUCUUGUAAACCGUUUCUUGGGUCCUAAACAAGCUCAGAAAGUACUUCUGGGAUUAGCAGAUCCAACCCUAAAUAUCCCUCGUCCUUUAGCCAGCACCCCGUCUGCCGCCAGCCUUCCCACCAUAACUCCCGAGAGCGUGCCCCAGGAUGAGUUCAUGGUUCCUCUGGUGCUGAAUUUAGCCUCGCUGACAUCCCGGACCUCCAUGAGCAUCAUCGUUGUUGGUGGAGUGAUCUGGAAAACCAUAGGCUGGAAAGUGAUCUCCUUGUCCCUGAGCAUGUACGGGCUGCUGUACCUGUAUGAGAGGCUGACCUGGACCACUCGGGCCAAGGAGAGAGCCUUCAAGCAGCAGUUUGUGAACUACGCCACCGAGAAGCUGCAGAUGAUCGUCAGCCUCACCAGUGCCAACUGCAGCCACCAGGUGCAGCAGGAAAUGGCCACUACUUUUGCUCGGCUCUGUCAGCAGGUGGAUAUUACAGAGAAAAACCUGGAAAAAGAAAUAGCUAGGCUUUCCAAAGAAAUAGAUCAGCUGGAGAACAUACAAAGCAUCUCCAAGCAGCUGAGAAAUAAAGCCAUUCACCUUGAGAACGAACUAGAUCGCUUCACAAAACAUUUUCUUCAGAAGAGUAAAUAAAACAUCAUUGUGAACCUUCCCGGUGCUCCUUUGUCGGGCAAAGUAGAAAUUUUACAGGUGACACUUCUAUAAAAAUGAUUUAUAUUUUUAAUGUUACUGUGAUGACAGUUGUAAAACUUGGACUUUGAUGGUGAACCAAAUGGAAGAGCUGUGGUACUCUUGAGUGUUACGUUCAUUUUGCAGAUUUUGGGUUAAAAAUUACCUUUAAACACUAAAUUUUUUGGGCACUUGACAAUAAAACUCCAAAUUCUCACUGGUUUUCAUGAGUAUGUAGCAGUGGCAAGUCUCACUUCCUGGCAUCCAGGACCUUACACAGGGAAAGAGCUUAGCCCAGUCUCCUGCUUUCAGCUGCUUAGGAAGCGUCCAGGUAUGGAGGGUGCUGGUUUUCCAUGUGGGUGUGAUUUUGUUUAGUGAAGUACAAAACAGAGCAGAGAUGAGGGUGAACUGCAGUAAGGCAAUGCAGUGGGCUCAAGGUUCCUCUGGCUACAUCCUUGAGCCAAGAGGGCACCGAUGACAUAAAAGUGAACCUGUUUCUUGCAGUUGGUAGAGCAGUGAAGUGGUGCUUUGCUUGUGAGCACAUGGCUAGAGCCAGGCACAGCAGGGUCUGGGCACAACUGGUUCAGGUUGAGAAGGGGCUCAGGGUGCCAGGAGGGACCUGGAGCUCCUGUUGCUGCACUCAGGGAGCAGGACACGGUGAAACUCCCUGCCCCGCCUCUGCUGUAGGACAGGUCUCCUCUAGGUCAGACUCCAGGCAGCUGUGCUGGAGUCCUUGACCUUUGCUCACCUCCAGCAAAACCUCUUUAAAAGCCUUCUGUUGCUGCCUGCAGUCAUUCAACAUCUACUUUUUUCUAACUAGACUUUUUAAAAUUAUUUUAAGAGAGGCCUUUCCAGAGUAUAUAUUUUUAUGGCAGUGUUAAUACUGACUGAGUUAAAGAUUGAGCUCUAAGGUAUAGGAGUUUGCUAUUUUCAAGUAAUUAAGGGCUGUCUCAUCAGGGAAUAGAUGUAAGAUGUAAUGCUAGAGGUGUUAAAGGAAGACAGCAGUUCCACCAGUGUGUUCAGGUGUUUCUUCUAACUGUGGAGUCCUGUUGGUCUGAGGGAAAGUGUGGCAUCCACGCCUGAGAAACAGCUCAGCCUUGGUGUUGGUGAGGGCACAGCUGUGAAUCAGUGCUCUGUUUGUGGAGCAUUUGUAUUGACAAUGUAUCAAGAUAAAACUUUCAAUGCAUGUGUUUUACACUUAUUUAUUAAAAAACGUCUACCCCUUU